CAACCCGGCAUCGGGUGCCGGCGGCCCGGCGCCAGGUGGGAGGGUGGGCGGUGAGCCCACCAUCCCGAGGGAAGGGACGAAGGCGAGUGGGAGGCCAGGGGGAAGGCAGCCGUGUGCUCCCGCCGGAGCGUGUGGUGGGCGCCGCUGUAGCGCGGCCGGGGCCGGGCGUCCGCGCGCCUCAGCUCCCCGCCGGGCUCGUCCCCAGAGGGCCGAGAUGGGCCAGGCUCCCGGCCCGCCCGGCGGCAGGGGGCAGUAGCGGCCCGUGGUGCACGAAGGCUCCUGGCGCGGCAUUCCAGGCUGGGACGCAUCCGGAGUCCAGCAGCCUUUGCUAAAUUCCUUGUUGCCUGCCGGCCUAAUCCGACUGCUGCUAUGGGUUCCCAGAGCUGGACCGGCAGGCUGACCCGGAGCUGCAGCAGUCGCAUGGGAAAUAGAAGUUGUCGUCUUCUGUUUGAAGAAAGCCUCCCGUGACUUGCUGCGGGAUGAUAACAGCAAGGCUGGGCACAUUAAGGUCUCACAGUCUUAGAAACAGAGCCCAUUCAUCUGGGGUCCCAGCUCAUUUUGUUGCUGUUGUCAUUUUCAGUAAGUUCUAAGUGUCUCUUGAAGAAAAAGGAGUGAAGCCAACAUUCCUUGGUAACCUCCAGAAUGCCUGCCACAUUGCCCAGUACAGUUCUUGGCCUGGGGAUCCAUUGAAGAUCCAGAUGGAGGUGGCCCUUGCCACAUGGCACCUGGGGCCGAGAAGAGUCAGGACUUGGACUCACGCCCUCCUCUUCCACCCUGGAGGAAAGCUGAGAUGCCCCUGGGAGGGGAGAAAUGUGUGCACCAGCCGGGGGAAAACACCACUGGAAAUCAUCAGAUUACUGCUGGAGCUUUAGAACCCCAGAGUAUCAACUGGCAGAUGACCUCCAACCGGCGGGCGCAUCACACAGACAAGUUCUCCGGCCAGAACCUCAUCCUGCGGAGGGGCCAGCCCUUUGAUAUGUUGCUAGCCCUCAACCGUCCCCUUGGCUCUGGAGAGAGUCUGGAGUUCACAGUCUCCACAGGGCCUUACCCGUCAGAGUCCACAGGAACCAAGGCUGUGUUUCCGCUCUCCAGUGGAACCGGCAGAGGUGGCUGGAGUGCGGUGCUCAAGGGCAGCAGUGACAAUAUUCUGACCAUCACCUUGUCCAGCCCGGCCAGUGCGCCCAUAGGGUGGUACACGCUGAACAUGCAGAUCUCCUCCCAGGGGACCGUCUCCUCCCUGAAACUCGGGACCUUCAUACUGCUCUUUAACCCCUGGCUGCAAGCGGAUGAUGUCUUUCUGAGUAACCAUGCUGAGAGACAAGAGUAUGUUGAGGAAGAUGCUGGCAUCAUCUAUGUGGGAAGCACAAACCGAAUUGGCAUGGUUGGCUGGAACUUUGGACAGUUUGAAGAAGACAUUCUGAACAUUUGCCUCUCCAUCUUGGAUAAGAGUCUGAAUUUCCGCCGUGACCCUGCCACUGAUGUGGCCCUCAGAAAGGACCCCAAGUAUGUCGGCCGCGUAUUGAGUGCCAUGAUCAAUAGCAACGAUGACAACGGUGUGAUUGCUGGGAAUUGGAGUGGCAAUUACGCAGGUGGCCGGGACCCAAGGAACUGGAAUGGCAGCGUGGAAAUCCUCAAGGAGUGGAAAAAGUCUGGCUACAAGCCAGUCCGAUUUGGCCAGUGCUGGGUCUUUGCUGGGGCCCUCAACACAGUGCUGCGGUGUUUGGGGAUUCCCUCCCGGGUGAUCACCAACUUCAACUCAGCCCACGACACAAACCGAAACCUCAGCGUGGAUGUGUACUAUGACCCCAUGGGAAACCCCCUGGACAGAGGCAGUGACAGCGUGUGGAACUUCCACGUCUGGAACGAAGGCUGGUUUGUACGGACGGACCUGGGCACCCAGUAUGAUGGAUGGCAGGUGCUGGACGCCACUCCCCAGGAGAAGAGCCAAGGGGUCUUCCAGUGUGGCCCCUCCUCGGUGCACGCCGUCCGAGAUGGGGACGUGGACCUGGACUUCGACAUGUCCUUUGUCUUCGCGGAGGUGAACGCAGACCGCAUCACCUGGAUCUAUGACACCGCCAGCAACAGCCAGAAGCAGAACUCCCUGGACACUCGCUCCAUCGGCAAGUACAUCAGCACCAAGGCGGUGGGCAGCAACUCUCGCGUGGACAUCACGGACAAGUACAAGUACCCAGAAGGUUCCAGUGAGGAAAGACGGGUAUUCCAGAAAGCUCUGGGGAAACUCAAGCCCAACGCGGCAUUUAGCCCCACAUCAGCAAGGGAUUUGGUUGAAGAGGAGCGGUCGCCCAGCAUCUCUGGUAGGUUCAAGAUCACCGGUGUCCUGGCAGUGGGCAAAGAGGUCAGCCUGGCCCUGCUGCUCAAGAACCUGACCAGGGAGAAGAAGACGGUGACCGUGAACAUGACGGCGUGGACCAUCGUCUACAACGGCACACUGGUGCACGAGGUGUGGAAGGACUCCUUCACCGUGGACCUGGACCCCGAAGCAGAAACUCAGCAUCCUGUGACGAUCUCCUACGCUCAGUAUGAUAAGUACCUCAAGUCGGACAACAUGAUCCGGACCACUGCCAUCUGCAAGGUCCCCAAGGAAGCCGAGGUGGUGGUGGCGCGGGACAUCAUCCUGGACAACCCCACCCUGACCCUGGAGGUGCUGGACCAGGCUCAGGUGCAGAAGCCCGUGAACGUGCAGAUGCUCUUCUCCAACCCCCUGGACGAGCCCGUGAAGGACUGCGUGCUGAUGGUGGAGGGCAGUGGCCUGCUGCGCGGCAACCUCAAGAUCGAGGUGCCUGCGCUGCGCCCCAAGGAGCGGUCCCGGGUCCGUUUCGAGAUCCUGCCCACUCGGAGCGGCACCAAGCAGCUGCUCGCCGACUUCUCCUGCAACAAGUUCCCGGCGAUCAAGGCCAUGCUGUCCAUCGACGUGGCCGAGUGAGGGGCCCUGGCGGCCCCUCCCCCGCACAAACCUGGGACGCGCGGAGCAGGGAGUGCGUGCAAGCGGCGUGAGAGCCCUGCUCGGGCCGUCAGCCUCGGAAACCCACCUCACACCUGCCGGACUGGGACCUCCUGUCUGCAGCCACACCCCCCCCAACGGCCCCGCCCUCCCAGCCCGGACCAGGUCGACCCUGGCCUGUGACUUGAUCACUUUUGCACGUCCUCUCCCUGCUGCCUGCUCCAUGAGCCCCCCUGGGCCUGGUUCGUACCUCAGGCCCCUCCGUGCCGCAGGACAGGCUGGCCCCUGACCAGAGACUCUCCAGAUGGACACGGGAGGACCGGUCUGCACUGAGUGCCGAUCCCUGGUCUACACUCGGGACCGUCCCGCUCUGCCCUUGGGCAGCCGCAGGGGCAGGAGACGGUCAAUCAGUCACCUGCUGUGGCAUUCACAUCUUCACAUCCCAAAUAAAUGUUACCGAGCGUUACCAAGCGUGGCCGCACA